UGGAGGUAGGUGUUGCUGUGCAGCCAUGACCUGACUCUGCCCUGUCCUGAACCCCAAAAGCAGGUGAAGGCUUUCAGCUGGCACCUCUCUCAAACCUGCCAAGAUGCCAGUGGUGAACGAGCACAGUGAGCGGAUGAAGAAGUUCAAGAACAAGGGCAAGGAUGCAGCUGCCCUGCGGAGGCAGAGAGUGGAGGUGAGCAUCGAGCUACGAAAGACCAAGAAAGAUGAGCAGAUCCUGAAGCGCAGGAGUAUAUCACUCAGUUUGAUGGAAGAGACUCUCCCUCUGGGAGAAGACAAAAGAAAUGAGAUUGCCCAGAUGUCCUUGGAGGAAAUCGUUGAAGCUGUGAAUGGGAGCAACACUGAGCUGCAGCUGCAGGCUACGCAGGCCACCAGGAGAAUGCUGUCCAGGCAGAAGGACCCACCUAUCAAUCAAAUCAUUGAGCUGGGGAUCAUCCCCAGACUGGUUGAAUUCCUGAACCAUGCAGACCAGACUCCUCUGCAGUUUGAAGCAGCCUGGGCACUGACUAACAUCGCCUCUGGCACCUCUGACCACACCAAGGCAGUGGUGGAGGGAGGUGCCAUCCCAGCCUUCAUCUCCCUCCUGUCUUCCCCACACAUGCACAUCAGCGAGCAGUCAGUGUGGGCCCUGGGCAACAUUGCAGGUGAUGGUCCUCUAUACAGAGAUGCUCUUAUCAAUUGCAAUGUGAUUCCUCCCUUGCUGGCUCUGGUGUCACCUGUAACUCCAGUUGGGUUCCUGAGAAACAUCACAUGGACACUAUCAAACCUCUGCAGGAACAAGAACCCCUGCCCUCCCCUGGAUGCGGUGAAAAAGAUGCUGCCAGUCCUCAUCUGCCUCAUGCAACAUGAGGACAAGGAAAUAAUUUCUGAUUCCUGCUGGGCUGUUUCCUAUCUGACUGAUGGCUCCAACGAUCGCAUCCAAAUUGUGGUGGAUACAGGGAUUCUCCCAAGGCUGGUGGAACUCAUGGCCCGCCCAGAGUUGAUUGUUAUGACUCCAGCUCUCCGUGCCAUUGGGAAUGUAGUCACCGGGACUGAUGAGCAGACCCAGGCAGCUAUCGAUGCUGGUGUCUUGGCUGUCCUGCCCAGUCUUCUGCGACAUGUAAAGCCAACUAUACAGAAGGAAGCUGCAUGGACACUCAGUAACAUCGCAGCAGGGCCUUGCCAGCAGAUUCAGCAACUAAUCACCUGUAGGUUAUUGCCACCUCUGGUGGAGCUGCUUGAUAAGGGGGACUUCAAAGCUCAGAAGGAGGCUGUGUGGGCAGUGGCCAACUUCACAACAGGAGGCACUGUGGAGCAGGUGGUAGAGCUCAUCCAGUCUGGGGUCCUCAAACCUCUGCUCAACCUGCUCUUGGCCAAAGACAGCAAAACUAUCCUGGUCAUCCUGGAUACUAUUUCAAAUCUCUUCCUGGCAGCUGAGAAGCUGGGAGAGACAGAAAGGUUGUGUCUGCUGGUGGAAGAACUUGAUGGUCUGGAGAAAAUUGAAGCCUUGCAAACCCAUGACAACAACAUGGUCUACCGAGCUGCACUGAACAUCAUCGAGAAAUACUUCUCUGAGGAAAAUCCAGAUCAGCAGCCUGGGAUUGGCCAAGAUGGACUAUAUGACUUCUCAGUGGAGAAGCAAGACUUCAACUUCUGAAGAUGAAGCACUAUGUGGCUCUGAGCUGGUGGGUGAAGG